AUUGAAAUCAAUAAAGAGAUCUAAUAAUAAGUAUCAUCUAAUUGAUUGAAAGAUCUAUCAAUAUAUGAUUAUUAGGGAUUCAAAUCCAAAAAAAUAAAAUGAAAAAGCUAAUGCAAUACUUAAAUAAUCAGAAAUCAAAUUGAAGAGCUAGAAAAAGAAGCAACUGAAUUAAGAAUGAAUGUGAAA